CAAUGACCGAGGCAGGAGCACCGUAUCUGGUGCUCACAAACGGCGACUCUUCCAGGCAAGGCAGACAUUUGCCGGACUUUCUCGUGUCGACGGGAAGAUGGAUUCCACGGCUCAGAUUGUGUUUGCUGAGGAACGUUAUGCUUUGACAGUUCUCACAACACUGGUCAGCGCUUCGCUUUUAGUGGUGUUUGCGGCCUGGAUGCAAAGAAACCGAAAGCACAAAACUCCGAGCCAGUCGUUGCCGCCAGGCCCCUGGGGACUUCCAUUGGUUGGCUAUCUCCCUUUUCUACGAAGGAAACAGCACGUGGUUUUUAGAGACCUGGCACAGAAAUAUGGACCAAUUUUCAGUGUCCGUCUGGGAGUUGUGAACGUUGUUAUACUCAACAACUACGAAAGCGUCCAGGAAGCGUUUUCGAAGAAACAACUAUUGGCGAGAACGCCCAAACUUUUCCUGACACAAGCCGGAGUUGCAGGGUUUAUGACUCUAAAUGGAAAGUCCUGGAUCGACAACAGAAAGUAUUGCUUGCACUUGAUCAACUCCCCAGCCUACGGGCAAAAAGACAUGGAAACUCAGGUUCAGGCAGAGAUUGUGUACCUGGUCGAAAGAAUCUCGAAGGUCAAAGGAAGCCCGAUUCCCGUCAAACAGUACCUGCUUCCAAGCCUGUCGAACAACGUCACCGCCCUCGUGUUCGGCCAACGCUACGACUUCGACGACCCGAGGAGAAAGAUGCUCGACGAGAUUCUGGACACCGGCAUGAGGUGCCUCGCCGCAGGCGCGGUCAUCACGUUCAUGCCCAGGGGCUUCAGAAUGCUGAGCACCGCGUGCUUCACGAGAUUCGGCGCCUUGAGGCCGCUCAUUCAGAAGCUCACAAACUUCAUGCGUCAAGAACACGACUUAGACGGAAAGGGACCCUGGGAACCACAUGUGAACAGUUUCAUCGACGGGUAUCUGCAGCUGAUGUCUGAGCACAAAACGGAUCCAAAUACAAGCUUUAACAUGCCCAACCUGAUUGGCAACGCCCUGGCGGUUUUUGCCGCCGGGUCGCAGACAACGUGCACAACCCUCCUCUGGAGCCUUCUCAGUCUAGCCGACAAGGUGGACACGGUGCAGCGAAAAGUGCAAGAGGAAAUCGACAGGGUGACUGAGGGCAGGAGGGCACCCGCUUGGUCCGACCGCCACGACAUGCCUUAUACCAUGGCCACCGUCUGGGAGACGCAGCGGUGGAGGACACUCUCGGUGAUGGGAAUACCGAGGGAAGCAGACGAAGACGUCAUCGUCCAGGGUUACCUGAUUAAGGCGGGUACGGUGGUCAUGGCUAAUCUCUGGGCAGUUCACAUGGACCCCAACCUCUGGGAAGCUCCUGGGGAGUUCCGACCAGAGAGGUUUCUCACCAAGGACGGAUCGAGGCUUAUCCCCAAGCCAGAGUGGCUGAUUCCCUUUUCAGCGGGAAAACGAAUGUGCCCAGCGGAGAACUUUGCCAACUUAGAAGUUUUCCUCUAUCUAGCAAGGUUGCUUCAGAAGUUCACGGUACUCCCGGAAGAGGGCAGGGCAGUCGACUUCAACUACGACACCGAAGGAUUUUGCAUGCCGAGGUCACAAAACCUUCGGUUCAUGCCGAGAUAACGGCGCUAAAGUUAAAGUUCCAAGCGGAAUUUCCUUUAAAAGUCAUGAAUACUAAGACACAAAGAACAAGACACAACUUCCAUUCCUCAUCACUGAAUCAAAACGCACAUCUACCAAACCUAGAAGAGUGGAUGGAUAAACUAUAAUUCAAGCCAAAUAAAUACUUCAUUGAUUAUAUGGUCGA